AAAGCAAAUAUGGACUCAUUUUUCCACCAACCAUCAGACAGUGAAGACUUACUUCACUAACGCUGAACUGAUGAUAUCUGAUAUCUCGGAAAAUAUAAAAGAAUCGACAGAGCAAAAACGGGAACAACACUUCAGUAACCCAAACGCCAGAAUGCCGAAUAUCAAAGUCUUUUCUGGCAGUUCUCAUCCUGAAAUCGCCAAGCAGAUUACGUCGAGGCUUGGUCUGCAUCUCAGCAAAGCUACAACCAAAAAAUUCAGUAAUAAGGAAACCAACGUCGAGAUUGGAGAAUCCGUCAGAGGCGAAGAUGUUUACAUCGUUCAGAGCGGUUGUGGUGAAAUCAACGAUAACCUCAUGGAACUCUUUAUAAUGAUCAAUGCGUGUAAAAUUGCGUCAGCUUCAAGAGUCACCGCUGUCAUUCCAGCCUUCCCGUACUCCAGACAAGAUAAGAAGGAAAAGAGCCGUGCACCAAUAACAGCUAAGUUACUUGCUAAUCUUAUUUCUGUUGCUGGCGCUGACCAUGUGAUCACUAUUGACCUUCACGCGUCGCAAAUUCAAGGAUUCUUUAACAUCCCUGUUGAUAAUCUUUACGCUGAACCGGCUGUCACCAAAUGGAUCAAAGAGAAUAUUCCAGAAUGGGAGAGCAGUGUCAUGGUAUCCCCUGACGCAGGAGGUGUGAAGAGGAUGACAGCAAUAGCCGAUAGGCUAGAUAUAGACUUUGCUAUAAUUCACAAAGAGAGACAAAGGGCUACGGAAGGAGAUGAUUCUACAGUGCUCAUUGGUGACGUAAAGAACAGAACAGCAAUCAUGGUAGAUGACUUGGCUGAUACUUGUGAUACUAUUGUAAAAGGCGCUGAGAAACUGCGAGAAGCUGGAGCAUCGAAGAUAUACGCUAUUACAACACAUGGUGUGCUCGCAGGGGAUGCAAUUGAGAAAAUUAAUAAAUCCAGUCUAGAAGCUCUGGUAGUCACAAAUACAAUUCCUCAGGAAAACCGCAAGAAAAUAUGCCCUAAGCUACAAACUAUAGAUAUAUCUGUGAUGUUAGCUGAAGCAAUCAGGCGCACGCAUUAUGCAGAAUCUGUUUCUUAUUUAUUUACGAAUGUUCCUUAUUAAUUAUGAAAUGUAAUAAAGCUAAAGCAAGAAUACAAGGAUAAAACGAAAAUACCUGUUUUGUUUACGUAACGCCUCAAAUAA